CGCCCAUAUUUUAUAUACUCUUUGGUCUUCGCCAGUCUUCGCUUCAUUCCAGUUUCAGUUCAUUCAGUUCUUGAGCGCCAUCUUGUGUGGUUGGUGGUUGAUUCCAUUUAAUUUUAUUCAAAACGGUUGACUGUGAAAUAGGGGCAGCUAUGCCUCGUUCAUCAUUGUGGAUGCCAUUGGCACUGGCUUAUCUAUUUUUAGCUACUGCGCUGCCAGCAAAUGCUCAAAGCGAGGAGUCUGAGGGCAAGGAGACGCUGUUCGACGUGCGCUCCAACAUCACCCUGAACUGCGCGCUGGCCAACCCCGAUGGCGUGCCCUAUGUGUGGACCAAGAACGACACGAACAUCGAACAGGUGUCGGACCUGAAGGGGCGCUACCAGAUGGAGCGCGGUGGUGCCGAGCUGGUGGUCCAGCACAGCGUCGAGGACGACUUCGGCAACUACACGUGCGCGCUCAGCGGGCGCGCCGACCCGCCCCCGCAGCGCUGGACGCUGCGCGGCCGCACCUUCGCCAAGCUGCCGGCCAACUCCAACGUCGUCGAGGGCCAGAAGUUGAAGCUGCAGUGCAAGGUGGUGGGCAAGCCGUACCCGCGCGUCGUGUGGACCGUCAGCAACUCGACGGAGGAGGAGGGCGAGGGCGUGGAGGUGCGACUGGCGCUGGGCGACCGCGUGACGCUGCGACGCAGCGAGCAGGGCGCCGAGGACGGCGAGCUGGUGCUGGAGACGGUGCAGCGGUCGGACGCGGGACGGUACGCGUGCGCGGCGCCGCUGCCGGGCGCCGGCGCCCCGCACCGCGCCGCCACCACGCUGCACGUGAAGGACAUGUACGCCGCGCUCUGGCCCUUCCUCGGCAUCUGCUUCGAGGUGUUCGUGCUCUGCACCAUCAUCCUCGUGUACGAGAAGCGCCGCACCAAGCCCGACCUCGACGACUCCGACACCGACAACCACGACCAGAAGAAGUCGUAAGCGCUCGGAGCGGCCGCGACCCCGGUCUGCGGGGCGGGGGGGGGGGGGGGGGAUGUUGUAGAUCGCAAUAAAUCGUGAUAAUGAAAGUAUAUAUUUUUAUUUCAGUUUAUGUCUGUUUUACUUGUUUCAUAAUAGUGAUUAUGUUCAAAUUAUGUUAUCCCAAAAAUAAGUGUCGUUGUGUAAGUGUGCCGAGUGUUACGAGAAUCGGCGCCGUGUUACCAAUAAAUUAUUAUAAUUUUUAA